AUGACUGUCUUCUCAAUCACAGUUGGUCUUGGUCCCCAUGGUCGUGGUCCCCACGGUCUUGGUCCCCAUGGACGAGGUCCAUAUCCUCCAUAUCCUCCACCGUAUCCACCACAAUCAAUUUACUUUCCACCACGGAUAAUGGUCUCCUUGAUGAUGGUUGGUCCUCCACGUCCGAAUCCUGGUCCUCCUCCGAAUCCAUUUCCUGGGCCACCUCCGAAUCCUCCGCGGCCACCGAAACCACCUCCUGGUCCAUAG